CUGUACAUUGUGUACCAGCCCAAAUGUUCCUGCUCAAUCCAUUUUCUUUGUGAUAUCUGAACGUUCGAGUCCUAGUCUCUGCCCUGCGUUAAUUCGUUCUAAGGGGUUGUGACACUGGCACACCAAGAUUAAAAAUAGGUUAAAACGGAUGACAGUCAACACCUUAAAGUACAUUGAAGUGAUGGGUGCCACAGGUGCCGGUAUCAAAAAGAGGUCUGAUGUGGAUAAAAGCUGUCAAAACCAAUUCGUAACAAAGUGGAUGGAGAUUGAGGGGGCAUGUCCUUACUUCUUCGAGAUGUGUGAGCUCAUUGGUCAGCGUCCGAACAACAUACCUGUUGGGCUCGGCAACAAUGACACUGAUAUUGAUGUAAUGACUUGGGGGGGGUAUGCCUCCGAGGAGUGGGAUAUCGAGAGGCAGACUCCGGAACGCGGGAACGACUCGGCAAAGAACAUUGGAUUGGUGCCUUCUGAAGAUGGAAAACAUGUCGACAGU